GAGGAGAUUUUUAUAUUGCAUGAUAAUUUCUUAAAAUAAAUAACUUUCAAAGCAAAAUAAAAUACGUAAAUGGAUGGCAACAAACGUACACAAUGAACAGAAACAGAGAAAGCAACACGAAACAAAUUUUAAAAAAAAUAAAAAUAAAAAUAAAAAGUGAGAAACUAAAAGCAGUGGGUACGUGGCAGUUAAGGGGCACUAGAAGUCAAAUCGUUUGCUACACCAAUCGUCCUUAUUACUGCCUGCUGCCCUCCUCCUCCAUAGCUAUGACGGCCCCACUCCCCCCAUCUCCUCUCCGUCUCUUCUUUCUCCUCCUAUUUAUUUUUACUCCUCCAAGAAACCCCGAGAAAGUGAAGGGAAAAUUUUUAGAAUGAGCUAUGGUGGGUUUAAGUAUAAUUUUGGAGAAUCAAAAGACAGGUUCUAGGAGUAGCCAUAAAACCCCUCAAAUCAUCAACAAAGCCACCAUGCUCACCACAAAACCUGCUUCGUCAUCUGUUUGUAGAAAUUCCCCUGUGAACAAUUUCUCCGUUCCGGCUGCUUUUCUCGACCAUUGCUCUCUCUGCCACCAGAAGCUCUUACCUGGCAAAGACAUCUACAUGUACAAAGGGGACAGGGCGUUCUGUAGCGAGGAGUGCAGGUGCAGGCAAAUUUUCAUGGACGAGGAAGAGAGUAUAAAGAAAGGGAACUGUUCUUUCGCCACCAUGAAGCCUCCAGCGUCGACGGAGGUGUCAGCACCACCGCCGCCUUCUUCUACCCCUUCUUCGUCGUCUUCUGGUUCUCAUCACCGCAAAACUGGAAGAAACCUAGCGGGUGGUUUUGCUUGCUAAAAGGGGAGAGGAACUAAAAAUGUUUCCUUUAAUUUAUAUUUUUCCUUUUAAAACUAUCGUAUUCCAGUUUUACCCUUGGGGUAUUUUAUUAUCACAUCUGUGCCAUCUGUUUUUUUUUGUUUCCUGGGAUGAAGCCAAGAUGAGGAGGCAUUUACUAUUUUACUGCGAAGAGCAUGUUUUCUCUUCGCGAAUUUUGUGACUUUGGAAAGGGUAUUUCUGGUUUUUAAUUAAUAUAUAUUCUAUUUCCCA